CUAGAUAGUCUUUUCGGUGACGAAAGUGUGGAAGGGCCGGCCCCCUUCUCGACGCGAUCAUCCAACAUCUUAUUUCCUUCUUUUUAUGUUUUCAUCGCAGUGCAGCUUAUCCUCGUCUGCCUUGUCGUACACACACACUGCAAUUGAAUGAAACCAGAAGCGAAUGCCGCUCCGCGUUGGCGGAACGCUCCCGCGACAGACCAUUCUUUUUUCAACAAUCUUUCCCAUCCGCCGUCCACUUCCUUGGAUUCAAACAGCAAUUGGACUCCCAUGCACACCGCCGACUUUGUUCCAAAUGCUUCGCUAGCGUCUACCGAAACUGCGAACCGAUCGUUUGUCUCGACACCAACUCGACCGAUUUCUCCGCGCAGCAGUAGGACGGUCGACCACGGCGACGGCACGGAACUACGGCCUGCAACAACAACAACAACUUCAACCCCACCCAAUCAGCCACAAACACAAAUGUACUUCCCUAUGCUACCGCGUAACGUCGAAAGCUCCCAAAUUGACCCCGCAAGGAUUACACAGUACCCGUUAGGCCAAAAGCAGGUCUCCACCAAACAAAGAAAUCAUCAGCAACUGGAAUCGGAACAGUUUGAUUCCUUGCAAAACAAGUGGGCGGUGAAAGACGCAGCGAACGAGAAGAGCGGUAUCUACGUCUCGGGCUCCGAUACUUCCUUGUUGCAUUCAAGCUUUCCGUCUCGCACCACAAAUACUAUUCGACCGUCUCCACUCGUCACCGAAAUCAUGAGGCUUCCAGCGAAGCGAAACUUUGAUACGACAAAAGAUCACAAGACGAACGCGCUGUCGAGAAAAAUUGAAUUUUCCGGAGCUCCGGUGGCUGUGACGACUAGUGGCUCUGCUGGGAAUGCGCCUUUUGCGACAGGGCAUUCGCCCAUACUGCAACCCGGUGGGCUUCAAUCCUUGCAGCCUCCACCUCGAUUCCGAUCCAUAUCGGAUACUGUCGCAAUAGGUUCAGGGGUUUCCCCAUCAACAGGCAGUGGCUCUGCACAAGCCGAUGCACAGCUGCGCAUCUCUAAUCCCUACGCUACGACAGAAUUUGGAUCUCGAUCCAAUUCGCCGCUAGCUACAGCGUCAGACACCAUGGAUUAUAAUUCCCUGCUUCACAAUUCCUGCAAGCUGUACCCUACAACAAUCACGAUAGUGGAAAGCGCUUUGCGCUUCGAUCCCGAAGGUAUUCGCAGAAAGGUUUCGAUUGUAUGUGAGAGAAACAUGGGUGGUCAAACGAGCAAACUGCAGGCGGUGGAGCGAUACGUUUAUCCGAUAAACAUUGCGCUCAGAUUCAAUGCCGCCUUGGACGUACUGCAACUACUUGCAUCCAAGGGACCAGAAGUAUUGAUGGAAUCAGAUGGUUUGGAUCAUAUGAGUUCGCUGGGUAUCGCGCUAGCUCUUGGGCACCAAACGAAGGUUAUCUACUUGUUACUCUCGACGAAUCCCCGCAGUGCACGAACCAGAGAUCGUUACUCCAAUUUGCCCCUCCAUGUUGCUGUGCGACAACCUAGCAUUACUCUCGAGAUUGUCGAAAUGGUACACAUGGCCUUUCCCGAAGCAAUCAAAGCCCGCAACUUUCACGGCCAAACUCCGUUGGACGUAGCUGUCCGAACGGUAGCUUGCCCAGACGCCGUGCUAAAUUAUUUGCAAAUAUCUGCUUUCGGGCAGCUCGAAGCGGCUGCCGACCAUUUUGACGACUCCGAUUUCAUCUAGCUAAAAAAGGACUUCAGAGAGCGAAAAGUUUCUUAUGCUAGAACUUGAGUACGUUUUGCU